GGAAAACAUUAUCUCUCAAUCCUUCACGUAGUUGGGAUACUUUUUUUCCACUGUCGAAGAGGGAGGGAAGCCAUAGCUCAGACUGCACCUCCACCAAGCCAGGACGCACGAUCGGUAUGAUGGGCAGAUAGCAGGAGGAGGAAGAAGAGGAAAAGAAGAUGUCAUUCUUUGGGCUGGACUGUGUCAGGAAGAAAGAGAGGGAGCUGGAAAGGAAAAUCAGAGCAAACGACCGCGAGUACAAUCUCUCCUUUAAAUAUGCGACAAAUGCCAUCAAAACCUCCAAGUACAACUUCUUCACCUUCCUACCUCUCAACUUGUUUGAGCAGUUCCAGAGGAUUGCUAACGCUUACUUCCUGUUCCUGCUGGUGCUCCAGGUGAUUCCUCAGAUUUCCUCGCUGUCCUGGUUCACCACUGUCGUCCCCCUGAUCCUCGUGCUGACGGUCACCGCUGCCAAGGAUGGAACUGAUGAUAUUAAUCGCCACAGGAGCGACAAUCGAGUUAACAACCGAAAAGUCCAAGUCCUUAUUGAUAGAAAGCUACGGAGUGAGAAAUGGAUGAAUGUCCAAGUGGGAGACAUCAUCAAACUAGAAAACAACCAGUUUGUUACAGCAGACCUCUUGUUGCUCUCCAGCAGUGAACCACUCAACCUUGUGUACAUUGAGACUGCAGAACUCGAUGGAGAGACUAACCUAAAGGUGAGACAGGCCCUCCCAGUGACGGGAGACCUGGGGGAUGAUAUUGAAAAACUGGCAGAUUUUAAUGGGGAGGUCCGCUGUGAACCCCCCAACAACCGCCUCGACCGCUUCACAGGAGUGCUGACCUUCGCAGGUCAGAAAUAUUCACUUGACAAUGAGAAAAUCCUGUUGCGAGGCUGCACCCUGAGGAACACUGAGUGGUGCUUUGGACUGGUGCUAUUUGGAGGUCCAGAAACAAAGCUGAUGCAAAACUGUGGGAAGAGCACGUUCAAGAGGACCAGUAUAGACCGUCUAAUGAAUAUCUUAGUCAUCUUUAUUUUUGGUUUCCUAGCCUUCAUGUGCACUGUUCUGGCGAUAGGAAACUACAUCUGGGAAAAAAAUGAGGGCUCACAGUUUACUGUCUUCCUGCCAAGGCUGGAGGAUGAUCCUGCUUUCUCGUCCUUCCUCACAUUCUGGUCCUACGUCAUCAUCCUCAACACCGUGGUGCCCAUCUCUCUCUAUGUGAGUGUGGAGAUCAUCCGUCUGGGGAACAGCUUCUACAUCGACUGGGACAGGAAAAUGUACUAUGCCCGCAAUGACACCCCUGCUGAGGCUCGUACCACCACUCUGAACGAAGAGCUCGGCCAAAUCAAAUACGUCUUCAGUGACAAAACAGGAACACUCACCCAGAAUAUCAUGAUCUUCAACAAGUGCACUAUUAACGGCAAAUGCUAUGGAGAUGUUUAUGACUACACAGGCCAAAGACUAGAAAUUAAUGAGUAUACAGACACAGUAGACUUCUCCUUCAAUCCGUUAGCCGACUCUCGGUUCGUCUUCCACGACCAUUCUCUGGUGGAGGCGGUGAAGCUGGAGAACCCGGAGGUCCACGCCUUCUUCAGGCUGCUGGCUCUCUGCCACACUGUCAUGGCCGAGGAGAAGAAAGAAGGAGAGCUUUUCUAUCAGGCCCAGUCGCCAGAUGAGGGGGCUUUGGUGACCGCAGCCAGAAACUUUGGAUUUGUCUUCCGCUCACGAACACCAGACAGUAUUUCCAUCGUGGAAAUGGGAAAGCAGUGCAACUAUGAACUCCUGGCCAUCCUGGAUUUCAACAAUGUCCGCAAAAGGAUGUCAGUCAUAGUGAGGAGUCCAGAGGGCAAGCUGUCUCUUUACUGCAAAGGUGCCGACACAAUCAUCUACGAAAGGCUGCACCAGUCCUGCAGCAAGCUGAUGGAUGUCACCACAGAGCAUCUUAAUGAAUUUGCAGGGGAUGGGCUGCGGACUCUGGCUCUUGCUUACAAGGAUCUGGAUGAGGAGUACUUUAACCAGUGGAUACAGCGCCACCAUGAGGCCAACACUGCACUGGAGGAUAGAGAGGGCAAACUGGACCAGUUGUAUGAGGAGAUAGAGAAGGAUCUCCUGCUGCUUGGAGCAACAGCCAUAGAGGACAAGUUGCAAGAUGGAGUACCUCAGACUAUUGAGCAGCUCUCUAAGGCUGACAUUAAAAUCUGGGUUUUGACCGGUGACAAGCAAGAAACCGCAGAGAACAUUGGUUACUCAUGCAACUUGCUACGGGAAGAGAUGAAUGAUGUCUUCAUCAUCUCGGGCAACUCACUUGAGGAUGUCCGGCAGGAACUGAGAAAUGCCCGAACCUCCAUGAAGCCAGAUGCAGCUGAGAAUUCAGUGUUUUUACCCGAAAUGGAUAAAGGUGUGAAAGUGGUCACAGAUGAGGUGGUGAAUGGGGAGUAUGGCCUGGUCAUCAAUGGACACAGUUUGGCAUACGCUUUGGAGCACAGCCUGGAGCUGGAGUUCCUGAGGACGGCGUGCAUGUGCAAAGCAGUGAUCUGCUGCAGGGUGACUCCUCUGCAGAAAGCUCAGGUGGUCGAGCUGGUCAAGAAGUACAAGAAGGCAGUCACACUGGCAAUUGGAGAUGGAGCCAAUGAUGUCAGCAUGAUCAAAGCGGCUCAUAUAGGUGUGGGCAUCUCAGGCCAGGAGGGCAUGCAGGCUGUGCUGUCCAGCGAUUACUCCUUUGCCCAGUUCCGUUUCCUGCAGCGCCUCCUGCUGGUGCACGGCCGUUGGUCCUACCUGCGCAUGUGCAAGUUCUUGCGCUACUUCUUCUACAAAAACUUCACCUUCACCUUCGUCCAUUUCUGGUUUGCCUUCUUCUGUGGUUUCUCUGCGCAGACUGUGUAUGAUGAGUGGUUUAUAACGCUCUACAAUCUGAUGUACACAGCACUACCUGUACUGGGAAUGAGUCUAUUUGAUCAGGAUGUGAAUGACGUGUGGAGUUUCCAGCAUCCUCAGCUCUAUGUUCCAGGUCAACUCAACCUGUACUUCAGCAAGAAGUCCUUCUUCAAAUGUGCCCUCCACAGCUGCUACAGCUCCUUGGUGCUCUUUUUUAUCCCCUAUGCUGCUAUGUAUGACACAGUGAGGGAUGAUGGGAAGGACAUCGCUGACUACCAGUCCUUCGCCCUCCUCACUCAGACAUGUCUGCUGUUUGCCGUCAGCAUCCAGCUGGGGUUUGAGAUGUCCUACUGGACGGCAGUUAACACGUUCUUCGUGUUGGGAAGCCUGGCGAUGUACUUUGCUGUCACAUUCACCAUGUACAGUAACGGCAUGUUCACCAUAUUGCCAUCAGCCUUCCCUUUCAUAGGAACAGCACGAAACUCCCUGAACCAGCCCAACGUUUGGCUGACGAUCUUCCUCACUUCCAUCCUGUGUGUCCUUCCCGUCAUCACCAACCGUUUCCUGAUGAUUCAGCUCUGCCCUACCAUCAAUGAUAAGGUUAUGUUCAAAGUGAGGCAGGCCAAAGCAACACCUGCUCCACCAACUCGACGUGCCCGCAUCCGUCGCACCAGCUCCCGCCGUUCGGGCUACGCCUUCUCGCACGCACAGGGCUAUGGGGACCUGGUGACAUCGGGUCGGUUCCUGCGGCGUCCUGCCCUGACACGAUCUGCCGGUUUCACCCACGCAGGCCGCACCACUACUAGCUUCAGUCCAAUGGGACGAUCGGCCGGUUACAGCCCAACGGGACGUCCUCAGAAUAACAAGGUCCCAGACGUGGAGGUGACUUCCCUGCAGAUGUAUAGGACAAUCACAGAUUCUGCUCCCUGAUGGACAGCACAUUUAGGACUCUUUGGAGAAAUUUGGGAGAAAAUAAUUAACUACUGACUGGAGAGCUACAUGAUGUUGGCAGCCAGAAGUGUUCAAAGGUCCUAUUUGUUGCAAUGAAGAGCUUGCUUGGGCUUUCCAGAGAAGUUCAUGUCAAAGAUUUUUCAUACCUGCCCGACACAGAAGACGAGGUUUGAAGAGUACAUGACUUUAGCUCCUUACAUUUUUCUCUGAAAUGGUGUCAUCAAAGGGAACUACAGCAACAAAUGUAGCCACUUAUGAUGGUAUAUGAAUCGUCUUCUUAAGAUGCCAGCGGAUGAGAGGGUGAUUAAUGAAAGCUUUCUGUCAAUAUAGAUAACAACGGGGUGCUUUGUCUUCAAAUAGGACAGGAAACAAUAUGUCAUCAUGUUUACAGGCUACCCAGUCUAUCUGGGAGUCCAGCUGGAAAGCAGUGUUUGGAGAGGACAUAACGAGCAAAGCCAUGUUGCACAAGAUAUUGACUUUUUAAAAUCUUUUUAAAGCAUUUUAUUUUCUUAAUUUGAAAGCUGUACAAGCCGUCAGCACUUUGGCUGUGUCACAGUGGCAGUGAGGAAUAACCAAACAUAUCAUAAACUGCUUCUUCUAAUACAAUACCAUAUUAAGGGCCCAGGGGUGGAUUGGGGUGUAAUAUUUAGAGAAGAAAACUUUACAAGAAAAAUGUCGAGGAAUCGCAUCACUUAACUUUAAGGUUUGGUAAAACCAAAAAGUCACAGAA